UGUUGUUUUAAUUAAAUAUUUGGGGUAUUUAGAAGGGUGUUACAUUAGUGGUAUCAGAGCAGGUCGGUCCGUCCGGCCAGUUGUCGUGUCGUUUUGUCUAACAAUUGUGUAUUGUUACCAAUCUAACUUUAAGUUGUGUUGCAUUGAUAAGUUGAAAUGGCUGGAAGGAAUGACGCUGCAAUGGCUGCCGCAAUGCAAGCAAUGGCACAAGCUGUGCAGAACUUGCCAAAUGCUGGUGGAGAUGCUGGAUCACGUAGCUUGGCGACUUUUCAGAGAGAGAAUCCGCCGGUGUUUAAAGGGAAGCAUGAUCCAGAUGCAGCUUUGGGAUGGUUGAAAGAGAUUGAGAGAAUCUUCCGUGUUAUGGAUUGCACUCCAGCUCAGAAGGUUCGGUAUGGUACUCACAUGCUAGCAGUCGAAGCUGAUGACUGGUGGCUAGAGACUCACGAGAGGUUGACCGUGGCGGGUGAAGACGUUACUUGGGAUGUAUUCCGUAGGGAAUUCCUGAGAAAGUAUUAUCCGGAAGAUGUCCGUGGUAAGAAGGAAAUUGAAUUCCUUGAGCUGAAGCAAGGAAACAUGUCUGUCACCGAUUAUGCUGCGAAAUUUGUGGAGCUGUCCAAAUUUUAUCCUCAUUACACUGGUGCGGGUGCUGAAUUUUCAAAGUGCAUCAAGUUUGAAAACGGAUUGCGCUCUGAAAUUAAGAAAGCUGUUGGGUAUCAGAAGAUACGCAUUUUUACUGAAUUGGUUGAUAGCUGCAGGAUAUUUGAAGAGGACAAUAAUGCUCAUUACAAGAUUGUCAGUGAUCGCAGAGGCAAGCAACAUCAAAACCGUGGCAAGCCGUAUGAUGUUCCAGCUGGGAAAGGGAAACAAAGAGCUGCUCCGACUCAGAGAGCUAGUGGGGGAGGUGCUCCUACUGGUAUAGUUUGCUUCAGAUGUGGUCAGGCUGGUCAUAAGAGUAAUGUAUGCACUGCUGAAGUAAAGAGGUGUUUUCGCUGUGGUAAGACUGGGCAUGCAAUAGCUGAUUGCAAGCACAAGGAAGUGAUUUGUUUUAAUUGUGGUGAAGAAGGGCAUAUUGGAAGUCAGUGUCAGAAGCCGAAGAAAGGGAAUCAGUCUGGAGGCAAGGUCUUUGCUUUAUCGGGUUCUGAGACUUCUGCUGAUGAUCGUUUGAUCCGAGGUAACGAGCAGUGAGUUGAGUAGGAGCUAGUGCUUGAAGUCUAGUGUGGUUAGAGGGUCAUGCUCUGAUAGAUGUAACAUCGGGACGGGAUGUUUGAAUUGU